AUUAUUUAUAAUUACUUUUCGCUGUUGCUAAAUGAGAUAUUUGUGCAACAAGGAGUUCGAUUUUUGCCAAGAACAAAGGCUACUAAUGAAAAAUAAACGAAUGUCCGCAGGCUGAGUCGAUAAGGGGGUCAUACACAAAAACGUCUAAUAAAAAUGGGCUCCUCCUGCGCUCCCAUCAUACAGUGCUAAGGUAGAUUCAAUAGUUCUGUGAUUCAUUACUUAACAUCAACAUGUACAAACAGAAAAGAAAAAGAAACAAAAAUUUGAUUACACAAUUUGAAUGAAAUGUUUCUUUUCAUUCAAAACUUUUUAUUUAUUCUGUCUGGUAGAAUACAAAGAAAGAAAGUAGAAAACAAACUUUUGCGUACCUUGAAUGGAAACAUUAAGUACAAUGGCUAGUGUAAUGAUUCAUUUUUCUUUUUGUGUUGUUCUCAAAUGAAUGCUUAUUACUUGUACUAUUCUCAUUCUUAUUUACUAAUCAAAAUAAAAUCUAUUGUGGCACAGGACACCACUGGAAUUACGAAGAAUAUGGUCCUAACACAUGGCCAUAUUUAUAUCCUCAAUGCGGAGAUUCCAAACAAUCACCAAUUAAUAUUAAUACAGAAUCAUUAAUUUAUCGACAAUUUGAAGCAUUUCAAUUUUCAUCAUUAUUUAACAGCUUUUUACCGUUUACGUUGAAAAAUAAUGGUCAUACAAUUAUUGGUGAAUUUGACAAUAGCAACAGUAACAACAAUUGUACUUUGUUUGUUUGGGGUGGAAAUCUUCCAAAUGACGGUCCAUUCUGUUUUACCAAUUUUCAUUUACAUUGGGGUUCCGGUCCCAGAGAAGGUAGCGAACAUACGAUAAAUGGUCAGCGAUAUUCAGGUGAAGCCCAUUUUGUAUUCAAAAAUUCAAAAACUCAACAAAUAGCUGUUUUAGCAUUUAUGAUUCUAAUUGGACAAUCGUCUUCUUCAUCAUUAUGGCAUUCAUACGUUAAUAAAGCAGUUAAAUUAAUAAAUGAAGGUGAAACAGUUCAAUAUCAAUCAAACUUAAUGGAAAUGAUGGGUGGUACCAUGAACAGUUUUAGUGAUUUUUACCAUUAUGAAGGAUCUUUAACCACUCCACCAUGCACUGAAAACGUUUUAUGGACAAUAUUUUAUUCGUUUCUUUACUUUUCGUAUGAUGAAUUACAAUUAUUAAGUUUAAAUGUAUUGCAUAAAGAUUUUCGUCCUGUACAACCGAUUAAUGAACGAUUAGUUUUUAGAGGUAUAGUUACUCAACCAAUUUAUCGUUAUUAUGAACAACAACAACCACCAUCUAUUGUCUAUCCUUCUUAUUCUAAAUGUUCUACUAUCGAUAAAUGCACACUUACAUAUAUAUUCAUAUUUUUAUUAAUCAUUUGUCUUCACUUGUAUCAUUUACAUAGAUUAAUGUAGCAAUGCUCUUCAUU